AUGACGAACAUUUCAAGAAAAAGAAAAACCCCAUCAAAACUUAAGAGUGUGGGUAAUCAUGAUGAGUUCUUAAAUCGUAUAUCAAAGUCGCUUUAUUAUUCAAAGUUACCAGGGACUGAUUGCCUCAGUUUACCUGUUACUGAACUGGCAGCAGAAUUCUUUACUGAAGUAAAGAGUGGUCAUACACUUGAAAGAUUAGAUGUGGAAGAAGCAAGUAAAAUUUCUAGAAAUGCGUGUGUUUCACCAUGUUCCCUUGUUUUGGCAUUAUUGUACUUAGAAAGAUUAAAAGACUGUAAUCCAGAAUAUCUUGAAAGGGUAGCACCUUCUGAUCUCUUCCUUGUUUCUUUGAUGGUUGCUAGUAAAUUUUUGAAUGAUGAAGGAGAAGAAGAUGAAGUGUUUAAUACAGAAUGGGCACAAUCUGGUGGUUUAAGUAUAUCAUAUAUAAAUCAGUUAGAAAAAGAAUUUCUUAAAGCUAUUGACUGGACUAUUUUUGUUCAUAAUCAGGACUUUUGGGAAAGGUUGCAGAAGCUAGAAAAAGAUAUAGCUUAUAAAGAAGCAAGGAAAAGAGGGUGGUUUUCAUAUACAGAAUUAAGCUGUCUAAUGAAUUCAAUGCAGUUAAUAACAGUGGCACAUGCUAUGAUAAAUAUAUCAUCUAUUUGUUUGGCAACAUACACUGCAGGAAUAGUCACCCUUCUAGGUUCUGCUUUAGUUGCAAGUUACUUCCCAGGGACAAUGCUUAGUCCCAAACAAAUAACAAAUUCUACAGACAUUAUAAAAACAGAUUUGAACCCAGUAAUUGAUGUAACAGAAAUAGCUAUUGAAACUUUGCCAGAAAAUGUUUUUACAGCCGAUUUUAUGUCUAAUACACUGAAUUGCAAUCAAACUAAACGAAACAGUGAAAAUAUCGAAUCUAAAGAAAUUGAAAAUAUAGGCUGGAAAUGGUGGCUAAAUCCAGCUAUGAUCUGGUUACAGGAUACUCAAGAUUGGAACCAAAAUACCGAUUGUACGGAACAAACGAUAAAAUUAAACGUUACAAAUACAUUAAUGACAAGUACUAAGUUUUUACUUGACGUUACUACAUUAAUACGGAAUUCUGAUGAAUUUUUAAUGAAUAUAAAUUGGAAACAAAUUCUGGGUAUAGAUUUAAAGAUUGUGUUGCGCGAUUGGAGAUAUUAUGCAAAUUAUGUUAAAAAAAUAACUGUUGAUCAUCAACACUGAAAGUUAUAUAUUGAAAAAAUGAAAAAUUUUAUAAAGCAAAAAGUCUUUAUUAGAAAGAUUUAUAGAAAAGAAAAAUAUAUAUUUUUUGUACUAACUUGUAAAUUCAUAAACAAUCUCUAUACUAACAACUCAAUUUUUCCAAUAAAGAACGUGAAACGAAAA